CAAACCAUCACUUGGUCACAGCAGCCGUGGCUCGAAGCCCGAAACUAUCCCCUAUGGCUAAAAGCAACUUUAACGGCUACCACUAUAGAAUCAUAAUAAUUGUACUAUUAUAGUACGCGCAUUAGUCGCAGCGGUGUCCGGCGUGAUUGUCGGUUUGGUAGUUCGUGCUCUCGUAUUCUCUCUGUUUUCCUAAUAGUGCUAAUACCCAAUUCCCAUUCCAUUCGAGGCCUCAGCAACAGCAGCAGCUGAGCGAACGCGAAAUAAUAUCUCUACAAUCGUUAUUAAUUUAUUAUUAUUGUUAAUUAACAAUUAAAUAUUAAAUGUUAAGAACAUCGUAGACCGACGUUGAUCCGCGUUGCUAUUGUUGCCAGGCAUAGUCCGUCAUCUGUCGGGAAAACCGCCGCAACCGGCCAAGAAAAAAUACCUGUGACUAAUCGGCAAUCGCCUAUCGGGCAUCGGCAUUCGGCAGUUGCCCGCGUGCACCACGACUGUGUACAGUGGUGCGGAGAGGACGGUGAUAUGUAUUCGAUUGCGAUAACGAUAAACGACGCUUUCGAGUUUCGAGCCUUUUAAUCCAUAAGGAGUACGGCUCGUCACCGGUGGUCGUAAUUAGUAAUUACGACGCGUCUUAUCGAUUCUCGGCUAGUCGUUCGUGAUCUCACACGAUCGUAGUCGACAUUUAUCGCGUUACAGGAUGAUCGAAUUCGGCUGUGUACGGCUUCUUCUAGGGUCCCAACAUCGGAGAUAAAAACAGUAGUAACGACGACGAUACCUACUCCUACGUUCAAUAGUACCAAAAAAAAAAAAAAGAAACAACGACAAUGGAUUUGUACGACGUCAACGUGACUGCUCAAACCAAAGGUAACUACAGUUGUUACGACGGCGGAGGCUGUGCAAACAACACAGCUAUGGCACCAUAUAAUGCUGUUCUGGACUCUAUCACCAUGGCUAUGCUCAACCAAUUGUGUUUACCCUCGGUGUUCAAUCAUCCCUAUUUUCAUUUUUCACACGCCAUCAUGUUUAUUUGCUUCAUGCUGCCAUUUGGAUCUCCUUGUCAGUUGAUUCUCCUAAUACGCAUUGGUUUGGCGGGAGCCACUACCAUUAUGGCUUUGUGGGCUCGAAACGUCCAGUGUUGGGUUGACAGCCUUUUGUGGAAUGCUGCUUCAGCUGUUGUCAAUAUCAUACAUGUUUUAGUAUUAUUUUAUCAACUCAGGCCAAUCAAGUUUAAUGAUGAAUUAGAACUAGUGUAUGAAACGCUUUUCUACCCUUUAAAAGUUAGCCGUAAACAAUUUAGAAAAAUAAUUUCUUGUAUGAAAAUGAUUCGGCCUCUAAAAACUCUUGAAAUAUUUGCUGAAGAAAAAGUAACAAGAGUUGAUAGCUUAUCGUUGGUACUUUCAGGAAAAUUAGUAAUAUCACAGAAUGGUAAUGCUCUGCAUAUUGUCUUCCCAUAUCAGUUUCUAGAUUCUCCAGAAUGGUUUGGUGUAUCUACUGAUGAAUUCUUCCAAGUAUCAGUUACAGCUGUAGAAGAUUCCAGGGUAUUAUUAUGGCAUAGAGACAAAUUAAGAUUAUCAAUAAUUACAGAUAAAUUUUUAUACACUAUUUUUGAUCACAUUCUUGGUCGAGAUGUUGUAAAAAAACUUAUGCAGGUAAGUGAAACUAUGUCUAAUGGACAUUUACCUAAUCAGUGGUAUGAUGGAGAAGAAACUGAAAUGGCAAAUAAUGUAAAUGAUGAGAAACAAACAGUUCUUUAUUUAAAGCGUAAUGGUGAUGGACAAGCAGGCAUUGAAACUAUAUUGAAACGAGAGCUACAAGAGAAUGAAAACGCAUGCAUGGAACACUGUCCAUUGAUUAAUGACCAAUCUUCGUGGUACUCGCAACAGACUCUACGUAACGUGUUGAGAACUCUUCACAGGUAACAACAUUUAAGUGACCCAAAUGGCUGGAAAUUGAGUAGAAUUGAAGAAGUCGACCAUGAGACUCCAGUGUAAAAUAAAAUACAAAAUAUAUUUCCUUAAAAAUUAAUAAUCUUGUGAUCUUAGAAUAAGUUUAUAUCUGUGUUUUCUUUUUAACUCUGACACUUUGGUGUUGUUUUUAUAUUUACCUCUGUCAGAUUUGAUUUUUGGCACCUAUCGAAUUUAACAAUCACUGUAGUAAUAUCAAUUUAUUUUAUUAACUUUUCUUAAUUUUAAGAUUUUUAACAAAAGAAAAUUUAUUGAAAUGUUUGAUGAAACAAAUAUUACUUGUAAACUAGCUCCUUGUUUUCUUUGAGUAAUAACAUAAAUUUUGUUUUGUUUCAAAGGUACUGAUAUUCAAAUGUUUUAACUAAUAAAUAUAUUACAUGUUGUUUAUUGUUGUUCAAAUACUAUGAUGUAUUAAUUAUUAAUAUGAUAAUGUAUUACUAAAGUGAUAUUUAAAAAAUUAACUAGUCCAUUAUUAAUAAUUAUAAAAUUUGUAUGUAAUUGUGUAUAAUAUAUAAAUUUAUAUAGUGUCUCUUUCAGUGGCGUGGCGAAGUGAAAUAUUUUAUCGGGCAAUUCAUUUUUUGAAUAACCUACCACCCCUUAAUUCUUACACAGUACCCGCUACCCAUGACCCAUGUGCCAUACUAUAUACAACAAAAAAGUACUUUUAUUAAAUCAAUAUAAAUUACUUUAUUUUACAAACGGCUGAAACCUGGAUAUUUCCGAGUUUAUGAUUCUAAAAAUAGAUUAUAUCGCAAUAAUAUAAUAUUCUCAAGAUGCUUAUGCCGGAAUGCCUAUGCCGAUGCCCUCAUAGUCACUAGCAUAAUACUAUAAUUUCUUAUUUUAAUUUAUUGCUUAUUCGUAGAAUGUACACUGUAGUAUAAUGUGUAAUUAAUAAUAUGUAGGUAUACUAUUAGAUAGCUUUUCUUAGCAUAAUUAUAACUAUUGAAGUUAUUAUUCUUAUUAAAUAACAAAUUAAUUCAGAUGAUGUAGUCAGGUAGUCUUGUAUAAUAAUAUUUCUUACUAAAUCCAGUACCCACCAACCCAGCACCCACCCCUUAAAAAUGAUCGGGCAUCUGCCCUUCAAAAUCACGGUCAACACGCCACUGGUCUCUUUGUCUCGGGACUGUUUAUGUAAUGUCAACUAAAACUACUAAAUUAUAGUAUUUGUUAUAAUACUCCUGCUACUAAAAAUUAACCUGAGGCGUUGGGACACUCUGUGUUGUGUAAUAUUUAAAUAGGGUAAUCCAGUUAACAUAAUUUGUGUUAAAUGGAUCAUCUAGUAUUACAUAUUUUAUUGUAUGAAUAUUGUUAUAAUUUAUACUUAUAAAAAUCAUAUUG